GCUCAGCUGAAUGCAAUGAAUCGAACAUGGCAGGGAGUGGGAAGGUCGAGGUUUCUUUCGUGGACAAUUAUGCAAUUCUUUCCAUGAAAAAUGGAGAAAACCGAUUAAAUUUAGAAUUUUUUAAAGAAUUCUAUGCUGCUCUGGAUGAGAUCGAAAGGAAUGAAAAGGUUAAAUUUCUGAUCACCACUGGAGAUAAAAAAUUUUACUCAAAUGGGCUAGAUCAAGAAUUCCUUGCGACAUGUACUCCAGAGGAGUUCAUAGAAACCACAUCUUUGCUUCCUAAAGUCUUGGCAAGAUUAUUAUCAUUUCCCAUGUUAACAGUGGCUGCAUUAAAUGGACAUACCUUUGCUGGUGGAGCACUAUUAGCCCUUGCACAUGACUACAGAGUUAUGAGAACCAAGAAAGGUUGGUUUAGCUUUCCAGAGGUCAAGUAUGGCAUGCGUUUUGGUAUUGGAAAUAACCUGUUGAUGAGAGGGAAGAUAAAGGACCCCAAAGUAAUUGCAGAUGCUGUAUUCAUGGGACGACGGUUUGAAGCAGAGGAGGCUCUGGCUGGUGGGAUUGUCCAUGAAAUCUGUGAUAUUGAAAAACUUCUAGAUACAGCCAUACGGAUGGGAAAGGCGGCUGUAGGCAAUAACAACUUGAACAGAAAUAGUGUUAUGCAUUUAAAAUCAGAUUUCUAUAGUGACAUCAUUAGUGGCCUUCAAAGUGAAAUUUUAACCGGUAAAGGGCUUCUGAAGAGCUUUGAAUUUUUUGGAAGAAAGUCAAAACUCUAAAAGAGGAUUUGGCCUAUUGUAAAAACUCCAAAUCAAACAUUGUGAUGGGCGUAAUUGUAUUAAUUUGAACUUUUCCUGAGAGACAUGCUUUGUGAUCAUAGAUGACGUAAGGAGAUGUGGUGACCGGAAAGAUUUUUCUCGUUAACGCGAAGCACUUCCAUAAGUAACGAAGUUUGGAAACCGGUUAUAAGGAGUUAUUCCAAGGAAUCAAGGCGGGCUGUUUUGAGAACGAUCACCGUAUAACGCUAUAGCGUUUUAAAAGAAAGUGGCAGUCACAGAGGCAAUCCUGUGUUUAUAGUGUCGUACCUUUUUCCGGACUCGUACCCUUGUCGCCAUUUACGUAUUGUGUUAGAAGAGAAGACUGGAUACGAGGAUGGAUUGAGGUGAGCAGGGUGUCAAACAGGGCCAGUCCAUAAAACCAGGAGCUACACCCCCUACUUUUUGCGAAAAGUGCGCGGGUUCCCUAACGUCCCUUGCGAACCAGUACAGGAGAGAAGAUGCAGGAGACGGGGCUUAAGGUUUAUCGUCCUUAUCCGAGAUCACCAGAAUGUCAAACCGUUUUCAGAUGUCGUAGCUUAGGCAGCACAUUUUCCUCAAUUAAUUUAAGACCCUGAGUGUUGAUCAUAUCUGGGGCUUGAACCUCGACCUGUCGCACGGCAGUCCAGCGCUCUAUGAAUAAGUUAAUCAAGCGCUACUUUAAUCAGUAUCACUCCGUCACACUUCUUGACGCGUGUCAGGUACUAAAUGAACCAUUUGAACGAUUCAGUGAAUGUUGAUAAUAAAAAUGAUUUCAUUUCAGGAAGACUUCGAAACAUAUUUAAAGCAGGAAACGGUUGAGCACAAUUAGUUUUUACUAUUUUUGCAAAUGGUUUUGUUCUUAAUGUGCUUUGUAAAGUUACACCUGAUGAAUAAAUAACUUGAUAUGGGAAGUGAUCAGUAAACGGUUCAGUACAGCUUUCAUAAUAAAUUCAUUAGGAACAACUAUCAUGAGCGCAUGGAAAAAGGUUUAAUGUUCCUCCAAAGUGUGACAUGAUUGCGAUUUGAAUAUGUUUUCACAUCAAUUCCUUAAAAAAUUUUGUGAGUUGUGGUUAUGUUAAACUUGUUGAUUACUAUUCAACUUCGUUCUUGCAGAACGCCUCAUGGAAAACUUUUAAUUAACUGUUUAAAAUGCUAAAAUCUGAGGCCUUAAUCACGCAACUGUAGAGUUUGUGUGGAUGACGGUGUCACUUUUUUUUAUUGACAAGCUAUGGACCAAUCGAAAUGUUUCAGAACAUUCUAGGCGUUACCCCUCUUUUUGUCUUAUUUUCCAGAAGCUUUAAAUCUCGCUCAGCAGGAUGCCGGAAACGACUGGCUUAGUGGUCGGUAUUCAAAGGAACAUCGCCGAUCAUUUAAAUCAGGAAAAUGAAUGGCAUGAACAGCCAGCAGCCACAACGAGUUGUGAUUCAGUAUACGAGACCAGUAACCUGUCCGCAUCAAAACUUUGGCUGCUUCAUAUAUGUCUGGAAUUGUGUCUUUCAGUUCCUGAAUAUUUCGUGCGCAAUCUGUUGUAUAGUUGUUGGUGCCUUUCUGUGUGCGGCUGUUUGGUAUGUCGGAGUGCCUCUCAUUUUCGCGGGACUUUUGCUACUCAGUGUCUCAUGUUGGAUUUGCUACUACGUCAUAACGGGAAGAAACGAUCAAGGAAGAACUGAAAGCCAAGUUUUUUAUGUGACUGGGGUGUCAAGUGCACCCGCCAUGCCUUACACAAGUCAAACAGAAUUCAUGACAAAAUCAGCCACGACGACAGGCGCUGCUGGUCAUGCAUCAACAACCUCAAGUCAAUUGCUCACGCAACAACGCGUACAAAUUCCGGACAACCCGAAAUCGCCCACGGCGGGAUCGUGUCCACUGAAUAACCAACUACCUGUAUAUCUAGGAGAACCUCCACCAUCCUACGAAAGUAUUGUUUACCAAAGAGAAGUUAACAUUUCUGCAAGCGCAACUCCAAGUCCACCUCCUGUUGAGGAAAUGGGUUAGUUGAAAAUCUUAGAUCAACACGAACUGCUCUCUUAGAUAUGAUCUGCAAUUCACCUUAAGGAGGAAAAUCAAAAUUAACAGAGGAAUGGAAAGACUAUAUCCUAGCUAACCUCCAUGAGUUCUUUCUGUUCUUUGAUCAAGACAUAGUUUCGAAACAUUGCCUAGAAUGAGUACCCAGUCUCGGCUGAGUAUGGUUACCUUUUCGACAUUCGUAUGCGAGACAAGAAUAUAUUUAUAUCCUUUUUAGACAUUAAGUAUUUCUGUCAAGACGUAAGAAACGUAGCUUCGAGAGCAGCCAGUUGAUCCUGUUUGGUAACCCUUGUACUCAAUAAAAAUUAAUCUUUUCACAAAUUUAAGUAUCACGGCUCUUCUAAGA